AUGAAAAGAACAUCUAAGCGCUUUACUAGGUCAAGAUCGGGAUGUAAUACUUGUAAAAGUAGAAGGAAAAAAUGCGAUGAAGGGAAACCAACGUGUAAAGCUUGUCAACGACUUCAGCUUCCCUGUACUUAUAAAAUUGACCUAACAUGGAACAUGAAUAAUCACCGAGUACACCAUUUAGACACCUGUACCCCGAAAGUUUCAUUGGAUUACGUGAUAAGUGUCACGAAUCAUGACUUCGAGACAAGUAUGUUACUAGGAAGCUUAAAUUCAGUAAAUGGGACACAUUCCGAUAAAGAAAACGAAUUAAUUAUGAAAAAGAUUCGGGAAAAUCAUAUAUUAGAAGUCAAUUCUGGUCAUGAAAACUCAUUUGAGUCAUUUGAACGUGAUAUAGAUGUGGAGGUUGAGCUCUUUGAAUAUUAUAUUAAUGUUGUGUCUGAGAAAAAGUCAUUUUCCAAUACUGCCUUUAAUCAGUUUAAAACAUUAGUGGUGCCAAGUAGUAUAACCUCGCCUGCAUUAUUCCAGUCAAUUAUAGCUAUAACAGCGAAAGAGAUACAUAAAAAGGGUUCCGAGAGGUCAGAUUAUUACGCUAAGGUAACUUCUAAAUACAAAGAUGAUGCUAUUAAUAGUCUCUAUAAAAUACUUGAUAGUGAGCCCAAUUUUAUCUCAAAUCAGUCAUGUAAUGGUCUAAACGAAAUUAUAAUUACGAUACUUAUGUUGUGCUCUUUGGAAAUUAGUGACAAAGGAAACAUGAGAUGGAUCAACCACCUUAAAGAAAGUUGUCUAGUAUUCAGUUCGUUGCUGGAGACAAAGAUAUUAUCAUCCGAAACUCUUCUUUUUGCUUACAGGUAUUUCACUUUGAGAUACAUUCUAUUAUUGACAACUUUAAAUGGGAGAGAGCUCCAUAAUAUAAUUGAAACUAUACCUUGGCCAAUAAUUGAUACAUUCUUCCAGAACGACAAAAUUGACUAUAUGCUAGGCUGCUCUCCGAGAUUAUUACUCUUGAUUUAUGAGGGUGUGCUAACCCAAGGAAAUCGAGAGACUCCAAAGAAAGAUGCUGCUGAAAUGCUAUAUCAACUUUAUAAAAAGCUUGGAGACCUCAAACAGAGUCUAGAUGAGAAUGAUGAUGGCUCACUACAGCUCUACCUUUGCUCAAGUGCUUAUUUGUUGUCAGCAAAAGUAUACUUGCACAAUUUGUUUAUUCAGCUUACCGGUAAAGAUGAAGCCAAAAAUAUAAACACAAAUUAUUGUUUUGAUGACGAUCAUUUGAUAAUAAGAAAUUUACUAGGAGUUUUAGAAAUAUGUACAAAAAAAUCAGAUUCCCAAAAUUUGUUUCCCACUUGGUGUCUAUUUAUUGCAGGGAUAUGUCAUACUGACGAAGAAUACAGAGCUUCGAUACUAAAAAUAUUUCAAAACCUUGAAACUUUUUGGCCCCUGGGGUCACCAACGGGGAUUUUGAGAGCAAUCAAAACGAUUUGGAGGAUUGAAGAUUUCUCAUUUGAUCCUGCAGUUUUGAAGGGAGAUUGGAGAGACAUAUUGAGCAUAGUGGGAUUUAAACUAGCAUUGACAUAA